AUGACUCAUCCACAACUCAACAACGACAUUUUGCUGAGCAUCGCGUCAUUCGUGGACCAUGGAACGCUGCGCUCCCUCAUGGGAACAUGUCCCUUACUUCUGGAAUAUGGUGCUAGACGUCUCCUCUCGAACGGCGCGUCUCUCGACGAAGAUGACGCAAGAAUUGGGUCUUUUAUUUCCUUCAUGCUCAAGGAAGGCCAUUCAACGUACCGCAUCAAGCUACUUCGGUCUCUGAAGUUAUCAACGCCGUAUCACCCUCAUGCCCCGCGACCCCCUGCGUUCCCGGAGACUACCGGCAUGGCGCUUGCGAGGCUGUUUCGGGCAAUUGCUGCAGAUGGCGACCUCCGCAACCUGUGCAUCAAUGGUGCUGAGCAGUUUCUGGGGCUACAUCCUGACGUCUCUGCAGCCAUCGCCCAGCUGACGAAGCUCGAGCUGUUAGAAAUCACGAACGCCGGACUGCGCACUAUCAACAUGCUGAGGAGCCUACACUGCCCCUUGAACGAGGUCACAGUUUCGCUGCCGUCUCUGAUGAACGAGGUAGACGGUGGGAUUCUAUCGCUCCAGGACAGGAAUCUGAUGUGGUACCUAUACCCCUUCGCCGACACCCUGAAAUACCUCUCCAUGGCACGCUCUAUAAGCGCACCCGACGGCCCAGUGUACCCCAGUGUCACCUAUCUCAGUCUCUUUGCCGCAGAAAUCCGGCAUGUACAUCAUUACGUGCGGACAUUCCCCAAUCUGCGCAUUCUAUCCACCCAAGACUGUGCUGUUCGUAUCCACGGGGCGGAAUACGGACCACGGCGUGCGCGCAACAUGUCCGAACAAGAAACUUUCGGGACGUGGACAUCGCUCACGAGCUACUGUGGCUCCAUCCUGACGCUGUACCUGCUGGCCAUCCCGAAACACAUCCCUAAGGUCGUGAUCAAAGAAAUCGAUGCCGGACUGGAUUCCGGGAUGCUUCGCACGGUCCUGGGUGGUGCGCGUCCGCUGCAGCUGCAGAUCACCAUAGACGGCGCAUUCUGGCUGCUCGACUCCGACUUCUGGUCGGUGUUCACGCACUACGGGGUCGGUGCGCUCCGACAUCUCAAGCUCGUCGUCAAGGUGGACGCCCUUGAUGAGGCGACGGACAUCCCCGCAGCCUUAGAGUCCGCGAUCAUGCAUGUCAUCAAGCCACUGCGAGUGACCCUAGUUGCCGUCACAGUCGAGCUCGAUCUCUCCUGGUGCCCCGCCUUCAGCAAACGCGGACCUCACUCGCUCUCAGCCGACCCGGAGGUGAUGCUGGAUGGAUGGGACAUAGACGCCUACGCACAUCGGAUUCAAGACGAAAUGGGCGUCGUGUCGGACGUGCUUCAGUCCGUCACCGUCGCCCUGUGUAAUCAUAGCACCCGGGAAGAUUGCGAAGUCACUCUGGGUUCAGAUGACCAUCAUUUCGACGAUUCAGACGACGAAUACUGGGGCAGUGACUCGGAUGGCGAAGACUUGAUGGACAUUUAG